ACAACGUUCUACAACUAUCCGUUCAAUCCGGAUUCACCAACACAGCACGAAGACAAGGAAGUGAAAAUCGUAGAUUUGGACGCGCACGGGACUACUGUACUCGCUCUGCAACCUCCCCUCAAUUGCACAAGCGCUAGAAUUGAGGCUCACUAUGACCGCAGUGGCAAGGAUAACUUUACCAACGCCGUCAUCUACAGUAGCCUUUACGUAGAGGCGGGCAAAUCACCGUCAAAUUCUUUCCUUCAACUGAUCGCCGACAACGAAGGUGUUGUCGAUGUUGGCAAAACGUUGUCCUUCUCGGUAAAAGCUACCGAACAGAUACCAGUUCUCACCUAUCAGGUGAUGUCAAGGGGAUCUGUGGUGCUGUCAAAAGAAAUUCCAGUGAACUCUGACCAUACCACAAUUUCCUUCACAGCCACGAACGAGAUGGCACCGAAAUCGAGGCUGAUCGCUUACGCUGUUCGAGCGGGCAAUCAAGAGAUUUUGGUGGACGCCACAGAUUUCAAAGUUGACGGUCUGUUCCGGAACAAUGUCACCCUCACAAUCGACAAAUCGUCCGUCGAACCUGGUGAAUCAGUGUCAUUCAAGGUUUCAGCGGAUCCUGAAUCCUACGUCGGUCUACUCGUCCUUGAUCAGUCAGUGCUACUCCAGAAAUCUGGAAACGAUAUCACACCACAACUGGUAGAUUUCUCAUCUGGUCAUAUAAAACUGAAAAAGGCAAAAAAGGCACUUGAUACCGCAAUUCUAAUACAGAUCGAGUCGGACAUAGAAGAAUACGAUACAACUGGUUACCAAGGUGGCGGUGGAUUCCGUCCAUGGGAAGGAGCGAUUGAUAAGAAGAGGCGGAAGCGAUCCAUAUGGAAUCCAUGGUGGGGCGUUGGUGGAAAGGAUGCAGCCAGUAUUUUUGAAAACGCUGGCUUAAUUGUUUUGACGGACGCAUAUCUUUACCGGCAACCAGAUCCGCCAAGUGCGUUCAUACUACGGUAUUAUCUGGUCUGCCAGGGUUCUCGUUCUUGA